CUCGUGCCCCUGCUGUCCCCUCGGCCGCUCACAGAUGGAUGCUCCUGCCACCCAGGGUCCCAUCACGAUGGAUUGGUGGAGGGACAAUUUCUUGAUGAUCCUAGCCGUGGCCAUCGUCAUCGUGUCCGUGGGCCUGGGGUUCAUCCUGUACUGCAUCUGUCGGCAGCUGCUGAGACAGGGCAAGAAGUGGGACGUCGCCAAGUCCUCGGGAAACGGGCACAGUGACGAGGAGAAAAUGUACGAGAAUGUUCUUAAUGAACCACCAGUUCAGUUACCCCCUCUGCCGCCCAGGGGUUUGCUCUUUCCAGAACAUGCCCCCCCGCAGGACGCCCCGAGUCCGCCGCCGGCCACGUACUCGCUGGUCAAUAAGGUCAGAAAUAAGAAGACGGUUUCCAUCCCGAGCUACAUUGAGCCUCUGGAUGAUUACGAUGAUGUCGAAAUCCCUGCAAAUGCGGAAAAGCGCCAUUUCUGAGGCAGCCGUGUCCCCUCCUGGCGGGCGGCGAGCUGACGACGGUUCGCGCAGCGGACUUCACGCCGUCGGGAACCGAAGCGCUUCGGCCACGGGACCCGGAAGCGGGCGGCGCUGUGGCGCGACGCCGGGAAAGAAACGCUCCUGGAGCUUCGACCGAGGCGCCCCGGAGACCCGGAGCGGCCAGGCCUCGAGCUCCUGUGGACGGGUGCCCCCGGGGUUCCGCGGCUCCCACGCGUGAGAAACGGCCCGUUCCUGACACUCCGUCCCCCUUCCCUUCUCGUGUUUGGGUCCGAGCCGACCCGGGCCGUGCUGCGGGGGUGCGGGGCCCGCCGCCCACCCGUCGCACCCGGGGCCUGGGCACAGCUGCGGCUGGGCGCUCGUGCUGCCGCCACACGUCACACCCGGCAGCCUCUUCAAGGCCGAGUGGAGCUUUCUGCGCCCGGGAGCCGGCCCCCCCCACGCACACCCCUGGGUGACGGCGGCCGCGCGGGCGGAGCCGGCUGCGCACCCGGGGUCUUGCUUCCCGCCAGCGCGGGGACCGUCCGCACACACAGACGCUGCCCCCCGGACCCGAGCACGCGGGUGACGCGUCGCGGUGUCAGCUGCGGGAGAGCCGGCCCCCCGGGGUGGGGGGACGGGCCAUUAAACGGCAGAUUCAAGACGAGAGUUCAGGGGGCUCCGCGUCCUCGCGUGUGACGCCCGUGACGGCCUCCUCCCUGGAGCACGCGCGUGCGGACGGCGCCGAGACGGCGGUCCCCAGCCCCGGGUGGCGGCUCGGGCCGGCGCUGAUGGCCUGGGGCCGCGGACGGGGCGCCCCCGAGCCCGGACACGCCGAGUUCGCAGCAAGCGCGGGGAACCGCAGCCGCGAGCAGGCCCGCGGGGAGCGCCCCGUGGACCCCAGGGCGGCCGGGAGCGACCGUGGGCCCGAGCGCCGUCCCGGGAGACGGACCGCGCGCCUGUGGGGCUCGGGCCCCUCCCCCCGCGCCGCUGGGCCGUGGGGACGCGGGCCUCGGCCGUGUCCACACUCCGCGGGGACGUCCGGCGCCCUGGGUGACUACCGCCUCACAGUGGCCGGCGGCUCCCCAACUGCGGCCUGUGGGACCCCGGGCCUCCGUGAGCCCGAGAGGACUUUUCCUCCAAGUUUUGGGGGGG